GAGAUCUGGAGGACACAGCAGCCCCACAUAGAAUGCAUCCAGGACCCACCAGGUGUGCAGCUAUACAGGAGGAUAGGGAGGUGACCAAAGGGGAGGUCAUUCUGCCCCAGUAUCGCUGUGCACGUGGCUCAACAUCCUUAGAGUCCUUCCACCUGCACCCAAAACGCUUUGUGCCAGGAACAAGUGCAAGUGACCUUCAUUUUCAAAUGUACUUGAUGGAAGGGCUUGUACAGUGGAAUGAGGCUCGUGCGGUUGCUGCCAUUGAAGGUGAAAAAAAAAAGGAUAUCUGCUAUGGUGGCCAACUGCAGCAGUACGCCAACGUCCUGAGCCAGCUAUUCAUGGGUCUUAAUUUGGCGGAGGACUACACCAGCCCUGGCGAAUACACAGGAGAACUCAUUGGCGUGGAAUACUUAUAUUCCCAAACAAAUACAUCUUUUGAGGAAGACUUCGGUGCUGAUCCUGAUUCUCAAGAUGGGGUUCAGGAUGAAGACCUGAAGAUUGAUCUGGAGAGUGAUGAAGGGUUUGAGGAUGUAGACUUGGAUGGUGAGCCUCUUGAAAUCAUGGAGCUCAGCCUCGAUAUCCCAGAACCCUUGAGAGAUGAGCCACCGACUCAGAGCCAGGGGGUGCAGAGUCAUGUGGCAGAGUCUUCCUUGCCUGAGCCCAUAGAAGAUGAGCCAGCAACUCAGAGCCAGCUGGAGAGCCUGGGACCAGAUGGCAGACCGGGCUACGACCACGUCGUCCGGCUAGCCAACAGUCUGGUGGACCUCAGACAUGAGGGGUUUAUUACUCAGCAGAAGGUGGAUGAGAUUGUGACUCUCUGUGUACCUGGAUUGAAUCUCAAAAAGCCCCUUUGA